UCUCCGUCCUUUAAACCCCUCGUCUUUCUUUGGCUCUCCGCAGUUUCUUCGGCUAGAGUGACGCCAACAAUGGCCGAAGAAGCGAAGUCGGGAGCUAAACACUCGCAAGGCAAGAAGAAGAGGAGACUCAAGCUCGCGGAAGAGAGUUCGUCGAGACCUGGCAAGUCGCGCCGCGUUGAUUCCACGGAUGAAGUCGAAGGACCGGCACAAGUCGAAGAAGCCAUUCCGAUGGUGCAGAAGGAUCGUCCCUGGCGGAACCUGCAGUUGAUUCUCUUGUUGCAGAACAAGGACGUCGACGUUGGAAAGAAGGUGGAGAUUGCUCUAGAUUAUGUCAGAACGAGAAGCAAAGAAGAGUGUACUGGCCCUGAACAAGAUUGUGAUACGGUGAAACUGUCCCGUGUGAUAGUCUUUCUUAGUGAUUGGAUCCAGUCAUUAUUGAUUUCAUCAGGAAAGAAAGUCAAAGUUCAUGGAGAGCAGCAUGACGUAGUUAAGGCAUGUUUGGACGUGAGAUGCUGGGAGAUUUUCAAGUUCUGUCUGGAUAAGUCAUCUAGAUUGCAAAUUCCUCUAAAUUUUUCCCGAAAGCUUUUGCAACCUAUCCAGUUUAUCGCAAGGCAUGUGCUAUUCAGGCUCAAUGAUUCACCCAUGCAUGCAGAAGAGUCCUUCCUUACUGAUGAGUUUGAGUUGUUUAAUCUUAUGGUUGAUUGCGUUUCUUUGUUAUAUGCUUCCGACAAUGUCGCGUCAAAUGAAAGCUUGGAGCAAUGGAUUUCAGCUGUUCAUACGGUGAUUGAGCUCGUCAACAGAAUUUUUACAGGGAACCUUGACAGCAGGAAAGCAGGUGUUUUGGUUCUGCAGUUCUCCUGCUUUGUACUUGGUCCAUUUGCUAAAUUUUUGAGGAUUCACCCAACUCGGAAAAGUGGUUUUAGUGAAUUUGUACAUGAACUUCUUGAGCCACUGUUGCAAUUGUUUGGUCAUCUUCGUGGUAACAGAAAUAAUCCUGGUCUCACUAGCAACCUUUUAAGGUCAGUUGAUCAGGUUUUGUCGAAUGGGGUGUUCCAUCCAAUUCAUGUUGAGGGCUUCUUGACUUUGCAUAGCUCUGACAAGUAUCUCAUUUCCAAUGAAGGUAAGUCAAAAGACUCAAAGAUCAUCAUCAUGAGUUACCAUAGACAUUUAUUUGAGGAACUGGAGAGAAUAAUGACUGCAAAGAAGGUGUUGGCGUUGAAAGGUGUGAGUAACCUGUUUCAUUUGCUUGUUAAGCAAGUAAGAAAACUCAGGGGAGCUUCCGUGCCAUUAAAAGUGAGUAGUGCACCAUCAGUUGGUGAUGGUUCAAAACAACCAGAAAAUGGUUUAUUUGAUCACAGAUCUAAAAUGCUAUCCAUGGCUAGUGAUAUAAAUUCUGAGAGAGAUUAUAGCUUGGUUAAUCUGAGUCUAGAAGCACGCAAAUCGCUGUUUGAUUUUUUUGUGCAGAUUAUGGAGCCACUAUUGAUUAAGCUUAAUAGCUAUCUUCAUGACAAAAUGGAAGUUGAAGACUUGCUGAAUGUUCAAUACAUACUCGGUUCUGUAAAUUGGCUACUUCGGAGCAUUAUCGAUGAAAAGGUCUAUGUUAAGACCGAGGACAUCUCUGGAGGAGCUUUUUUGGGUUUUCUUAAGGAAGUUUACCAUACAAUGAUCUCACUAUCUGCUAACUUCAACGUAUUUUGGCAGUCCAAGAACCAUGCAGAUAUCGGAAUGCAUGAGGGACUAUUUUCUUCUGUGGUCAAGGAGCUGGUUACUGCUAUAGGUUGUCUUCUAGAUAUAGAAUACGAGGUUAUUGGGGAAGACCUAGAAAGUUUGUGGCAUUUGUUGCUAGUACACUUGGCUACGGGGCUUUCUGUAAAUGAUUUAUCUGACGGAAGCUCAUUAAUAAGCAAGAUACUCGACCUAGGAUGCCAGCUUGUCAGUCUCUUCGGUGAACUUCGCCAGGUGAGCAAUGUCAUUUUUUCUCUUAGCAAAGCUGCGAGACUCUUAGCAAAUUGGGAGGUUAAUGGUGAGAUCAAUCCUAAAAUGGUUGUUGGUACUCAUGCCUCAUAUGAGGCUUAUGUUAAAUCAGUGGGUACGUUACUUUGCUCGCAAGAAUUUAAGGUGGCUGUUCAUAAAGCUAUUUCAUCCAUACCAGAGGGGCAAGCAAGUGGAUGCAUUCAGCAGUUGGCAGAAGAUGUAUCAGAAUCUCUGAUAUGGAUGAAACUUUGUUGCUCCAAGAAUGUUGGAGAAGGAUUUGGCUGCGGGAAUUUACGAAGAUGUGCUAUAAUUAGCUUCAACCUGCACUGUGAAUUGUUGGGCAAAGGUUUGUCUGAGAUAUACAGUUGUUUACUAGAUUCCAUCACUGUGACAACCAGCAACAGUGUGGCAGUUGGAUCUUCUAUAAAUAACUUGAUGGCAGUAAUACGUCCUAGCUUGAGUAGUUUGGUUGAACCACAGUCGGGAAGCUUAAGUGAGUUCCUUUUGUCAUUAUCAGGAAGUAUUUUUGAUAAGAAAAUGAUUAAUAAAAUUAUGUCAAUGAAGUUUGGCUUGUCCAGCCAUUGGGCUUUUGUGUUCUUCUUUCGAUUGUACUUGUCAUGUCGAAGCCUAUAUAGACAAGCAAUGAGCCUUAUGCCCCCUAAUUCAUCAAUAAAGAUGUCAGAUUUUAUGGGCGAUUCAUUUACAGCAUGCUCCGGAAAAGAUUGGAUUGAGAGAGAUGAUUUGCCAGAUGAUGGCUAUUUCUCAUGGGUUGUCAAACCUUCAGCUUCUGUUCUGACUGUUAUUAAAUCUGUAUCAGAUAUUUAUCUUCAAAAUAGCGUUGCAGAUUGCUGUUGUCUGGUUUACAUAUUGUAUGCCGUUGCACUUCAGAGACUGGUUGAUCUGAACAGUCAGAUAAAAUCUGCCAGGUAUCUACUACAGAGCAAGAAGGAAUUGCUGCGUAACGUUUCCCUUGAUGGUGCUGACCAUUCAGCUCUGAGUGAAAAAUGUCAAAAGUGGGAAGAGAAUGUUGUAAACUUGAGACAAGAAGCACAAGGCCUUACUGAUUUCAUAAUGAGAUACCUGACUUCUCUGGUGAAUGAUCCUGUACUUUCCAGUUAUUCUGAGGCAAGCACUAAUACAUGUGCCCAGUCUCCGCAUGUAAGUAAUCAGUGGGAUUUUGGUAUAGGCUCUAUAGAUGAAAAAACCUUGCUCACUGCAAUUUGGUGGAUCAUAUGCCAGAGCACAGAUAUCUGGUGUAUUCAUGCUUCUAAAAAGAAUGUGAAGAUGUUCCUCUACUUUUUGAUCCAAUCUUCUCUUCCUGCUAUAACUGGAAGUCCUUUCAAGUGCAAAACUCCCAGUGAGAUGGUCCACAAGUCAGUGCACCAAAUCUCAUAUGAAGUUCUACACGACUCUACUUUUCAUGAGCAUAGAUUUGUUCACAGGCACUUGGCAUCAAGGCUUUGUCGUGUGAUGGAGAAGUUAGCAGGGUCUCUAUUUUGCAGUGAUUCAUCUGGCAAAGUUGAUCUCCGCUCAUCACCUAAUUGGUCUCAUUGUCUAAUGGAACUUCAGAAGUCAUUGUCAGUUGUUUCAGGUAGCAACCACACCUAUUAUUUGAAGCGGACUGCUUCCUCGUCCAAUGAAGAGCCUAUUGAUGAUUGCACUGAAAUAAGAACAUCUCGAAGCAUGAAUUUUGCUGCUUGCAUGGAUUUGCUUAAUCUUUUUAGUCGGAUGCCAAAAGACUACUUAAGUUCAAGAUCAUUCAAGGACUAUGCAACUCACAUUAUUAAUGUUGAAAGACUUGCAGCUAGCAGCUUACUGGACUUUCAAGGUGCCUCAUUCUCAUCUAAGCAUGAUAAAUACUUCAAGUUGUUCUUAUAUUGUCGGAAGGCUUUAAAACAUUUAGUUGAAGCAUCUUUCACCAAUAAUAUAGAAACAACUGAACAUCCGCUGUGUGCCCUUAUAUCUGAAGGAUUAUUUUCUCUUGUAUGGCUUUUCAAAUCAGUAGUUGUUGUGAGUGGGCUUCAAGAUGAAUGGGGAGAGUAUAAUUCUUGCAAAGUGAAUCUGUCUUUAAUGGACCACACAUCAUAUAUAUUCCUAAUGUUCAGCAAGUAUUACUUUUGUCGAACACUUUCCCCAAUUGUAAAGUCAAAGCGGCACUGUAAACGGCGAGAAAGUUCUGGCAUUGGCCUGGGGGAGACAAAUUUAGUCAAACCAGGUUCAUUCUGGGAUUCUUCUAAACAUUCUGAAGCUUGGAAAAGCAUCUGCCUUGUUGCGCAGAGUAUGAAAGAAGAGAUGCAACGCUUAUUUUGCUCUCUAGAAGACUCUUUUCAUGAUAGAAAAGCAGAUGUUGGUCAGAACUCCUCAGAUGUGGCUAAAUUAUCUAUCAUUAUAUCUUGCCUGAGUGGUUUCUUUUGGGGCUUAGCAUCAGCUGUUGACCACACUGAUGCAAAAGAUCGGGUUCACAAAGUUAUAUCGUCUCAUUGGAAGCAUGAACCCCUUUGCAAGCUUAGCCUCUUUAUUGACAUAUUUGCAGAUGUAGUUAGUAUCUUUCUGCGGAUUAUGUUUGGUCAGAAUGAUCAGCAGCUGGGAUAUAUAGGUCAUGAGCAAAGUAGUAAAAUAUCAAACUACAGCCGGGAUAUAUUGGCAAGGGAUGGUUUGUCACAUAGUGACUCUCAAUCUGUUCCUAAUAUAUCGAGCAGCAGUGAACAUGAGGAGGUUGUGACAGCCUUCUUAGAGUCAUUUGGCUUUACUGAUCAGUCAGUGGGUACUGAUGUUGGCCCUCAGUUGUCACAUGUGGAAGGUGAUGAUUGUGUUGCGAGCACUUCAAAUGAAGUCAAUUUGUUUGACCUGCAAUAUUUAAAUAAGCCUUUCUUACAGCAGUUACUAAAGGAUGAUAGUCCUGAUGGGGCAUUUCUGCUCAGGCACUUAUUUUUUGGUUAUUCAGCUAUUUUAAAGCUGAAUUUGAAAGACCGGACUCUUCUCUCGACAACUUUGUUGCAAACUUUUAUGUCAAUGGCGCAGUUCCUGAUCUUGGAGUUGGUUAAUGGUUUUGAGCUGUCACAGCCAUCAUCAUUUGUUUGCUUAGAUGGUGUUCUGAAGUAUCUGGAAGAAUUAGGGAGUCAUUUUCCCUACACUAAUCCCACAUUAUCCAGAAAUGUGUAUGCCAGACUGAUAGAAUUGCAGUUGGUGGCUCUAGGCAAAUGCAUUGUGUUACAAGGGAAAAGUUAUACUUUAAUGACUCAUGAGACUCAGUCAAGCGCCGAUACAAUUCCUGGUCAUGCGAAACUAAAUGGACCAAAAGCUUUUCCUCUGGAGUGUUGCCUGGAUAACAUCAAAGCAAGGUUGAGAACGUCAUUUACCAUUUAUAUUAAGAAGCCUGCAGAGUUGCAUCUCUUAUCUGCUAUCCAAGCAAUAGAGAGAGCAUUAGUUGGAGUGCAAGAAUGCUGCAUGGCUAAGUAUGGCUUUACUUUUGGAAGGGUAGGAGGAACUGUCCCAGCCGUUGUUGCAGCUGGCAUUGACUUGUUGGAUAUGCUCCUAGAAAAUGUUUCAGGUCGCAAACGUUUGAGUGUGGUCAGGAGACACAUUCAGAGCUUUAUGGCUGCUUUGUUCAAUAUAAUUCUGCAUGUGCAAAGCCCACUAAUUUUCUACGAGAGUUCACCUGGCAAAGGCUUCAGUGAUCCUGACCCAGGAUCAGUCACUCUUAUGUGCAUUGAGGUACUGAUUAGGGUUUCAGGAAGACAUGCUCUCUUUCAAAUGGAUCCUUGGCAUGUUGCCCAGAUGUUAGGCAUUCCUGCAGCGCUAUUCCAGGUUUUCUGUCAGUCUCAACUGAAAGAUCCGAUUUCUUCCGGCUCUUUAUUUUCUUUGGAAAAUCUUGACGUUGAUCGGCCGUUUUCAGUGAAGCUAUACGCUGCCUGUUGUCGAUUGCUGUGUACUGUUCUUAAGCAUCACAGAAGUGAAUGCGAAAGAUACGUUGCUUUGCUUCAAGAUUCUGCUUCUGUUCUUCUCAAUUGUUUGGAGACUGUAAACAUGGACCACCAGGUCAGGCGAGGCUAUCUUUCAUGGGAUGUACAAGAAGGAGUCAAAUGUGCAUGUUCCCUCCGACGGAUAUAUGAAGAGUUGAGGCAGCAGAAAGAUGUAUAUGGGCGUCAUUGUUUUAAGUUCUUGUCUAGCUACGUAUAUACAUAUUCGGAAUGCGGUCCCCUUAAGGCUAAAUUCAGAAGAGAAAUAGAUGAAGCUUUGAGACCCGGAGUGUAUGCUUUAAUUGAUGCUUGCUCAGCAGAUGAUCUUCAAUAUCUUCACACAGUAUUUGGAGAGGGUCCUUGCAGAAACACUUUGGCAUCUCUGCAGCAUGACUACAAAGUUUACUUUCGAUACGAAGGAAAAGUCUGAUGUGAGCGUAUUUCCUUUGUAUUGGUCCAUCGGUAUAAAUGGUCUUUCUCGGUUCUUCUACAGUGAAGACAUUUUGGUGGGUAUUGUUGCUGCUGCCUUCGGUGGGGGCUCAAAUUCUACCAAAUAUGAUCCUGGUAGGACAAUGAAGAAGUGCUGUGAGGGCAGGAAUGAUCAUAGUGAUUUCCUUUGCUUGAAGACGAAUGCCGUCAACAUACAGGAGCUAUUGAAUGGGAAAGGUGACCUUUUCGAAUGCUUAUUUGAAGUUACUGAGAAACUUUAAAGGGAGGACGAUCUGACACUCGGGGAUGAACUAGGUUUAUGGGGAGCUUGGAUUAUAGGCAAGUAGGUGAUUCAUGUACAUUAUUUUCACAUAGAGUUUUAGGCUUAUAGUGGAGUUAGAUUAGUCCAUAGCUGUACCAUCCGAUUUUG